ACCGCUCCCAGCACUGCAUCAAUCACCAUGAAUGAGUUCGAGGCGACAAAGCUUCGAGAUCCGUACUUGUUUAUCAAGGCGGAUGACUUUUUCCAAGGUUUGGAUGCGCCGUCUGCGAAUGUGAACCAGCCUGCAACGGUCUCCUACAAGGCGGCCGAUCAGCUCUUGGACGAUGGCACCAAGAACCCCGCGUGCAGCCAUGGAACCAUCUUCCGCUUCAAUGACGGGUCACUCCUCUUGAUUCAAUUCAUGCGUCCAAGAGUCUGGAGGAUUCGCUUUGAUCCGCAUAACCAGAAGGGAUCUGAUUUCACCGAUUACAACAGUCGCACAAUCGUCUUGGACACCCUCAGCACUCUCAUCAGCACCCUCGAUGCCGCUCAAGGAAUCAAUUGGGCUGUGGAGCUGGUCGAGGACCCGAAGUACUACAUCCUCCAGUCCGUUAUGAAUCCUAACACGGACAAGAGGAAGGUCGAGCUUCAACUUUGGGUGCAGCGGGACCCGUUCCAAAUCACUGCUGUUCGAGUCUUGGAAAACCAAGUCCUAGCAGAGAAAUUGCCCCAGAUGCAGAGUUUUGACUCCAGUACAAUUGAGAAGCUGCAUCUCACAACAUCCAAGGGUGCCGAAGCUGCAGUGGUUUGGAAAACGAAGCCAAGAGGUCUCCAGUACCGAGACAACGCGACCAUUCUGUCCGUGGAGAAAUCGGCCACCGCUGACUACAUGGGCUUCGGAGAACAAGGCGGCAAAAAUCUCUUCAAGAAAAAGACGUACAUGAAUUACUUCAAUUAUGACAACAUGCGGUAUCAAAACGUCUACGGUAAAGGGCCCCUUGAUGACCGCGAGCCGCUCUACCACUCGGAGCCGUUUUGGAUCGAGGUAGACUCGCAUCCUGGAUACAGAUCCCAGAUCGCGACCUUCAUUGACAACUACUCACACGUCUGCAUCGACGUGGGCAUGAAGGAGCAAAAUGCCAUGCGCGUUGCAACCAGGUUCAACAGUUUCCACUGCAUGGUCGUUGCAGGUGAUAGCAUGCAAGAUCUCGUCCAGCUGUAUACGUCCAUUGUCGGCCAGCCCAAACUCAAGCCCCGAUACGUGCUGGGAUAUCACCAGGGCUGCUAUGGCUACGACAACCAAGAUUCCGUCGUCGAAGCCAUCGACGAAUAUCGCAAAUGCAACUUUCCAAUUGACGGCAUGCAUAUCGACGUGGACAUGCAGGACGACUACCGCACCUUUACCAUCGACAAGAGAGAUCUUCACUUUCCUGACCCGGUCAACAUGUUCAAGACACUGAGGGAAAAAGGUGUCAAAUGCUCCACCAACAUCACUCCUUACAUCAACAGCACUCCAUCAGCUGAGUACAGCACUCUGAACGAAGGACUCCAGAACGGGUACUUUGUGGCAGACAAUCGCGACAUAGAUCCUUCGGCCCCGUACCCACACCAGCAACGGUACUUGGAAUUCGGCACUGGAUCGCAGUACUUCCAGGCCCCGAUUUCUGCCAGACCUGACUACUUCGAACCGGAUAAUUACGACUUUUCGCAAGUGUUCAACACCAAGCAACCAUUCCACGGCGGAGUGUUCUACGGUUGGGGAAAUGGACACCCAGGCCACUACCCGAAUCUGAACAACAAGGAAGUCCGCAAGUGGUGGGCGAAGCAGUACAAGUAUCUCUUUGAAUGCGGUCUUGAUUUCGUCUGGCAGGAUAUGACGUCCCCCUGCAUUGCGGAACAGUACGGAGAUAUGAAAUCUUUGCCAUUCCGACUUUUGCUUGACUCUGACGGCUGGUCUGGCGACCCUAACCGAGCCAAGCAGAGGAAAGCGAUUGAGAUUUGGUCACUGUACAGCUACAACCUGCACAAGGCCACCUACCACGGCCUGAACCGCCUUUCUGAGCUCAGCCCAGAGUUGGCUUGGCGAGAGAACCGGCGCAACUUCAUCAUCGGACGAGGAAGUUUUAUCGGAAGCCAUCGUUAUGCCGGCCUCUGGACGGGAGAUAACGCAUCGACAUGGGAGUUCCUUGAUAUCUCGGUCGCACAAGUCCUCGCCCUCGGCAUGUCUGGAAUCACGAUUUCAGGACAAGAUGUCGGUGGAUUCGAGUUUAUGGAGGCCGAGCAUGACUAUGCCAACCCUGAACUGAUCAUCCGCUGGUACUGUGCUUACUCCCUUCUGCCAUGGUUCAGGAACCAUUAUACGAAGAAGCGCUUCUGGGUCGACGGUCCCAGAAAGGGUCAGAUGAGAAAAGAUGGCAAGCUAUUCCAAGAGCCAUAUGCGUAUCAGAAGCACUACGACGAUAACAAGGACAGCUUCCAAGGAAGGGAAGCCAUGAUCUACCGCGCUGUUCUUCCAGUUUGUCGGUACUACAUCCGACUUCGCUACAGCUUGAUGCAGCUUAUGUAUGAUGCAAUGUUUGAGAACAUCAUCACGGGGUUGCCUAUUGCUCGAGCGAUGGUGAUUACGGAUGACGUUGACAGAACACUCUUCUCUGCAGACAACCAACGUUUCACCCGAAGCCAGUACAUGGUCAGGAAUGACUUGCUGGUAGCGCCGGCUCUGACGCCUGAGAGCAAGAGACAGACUCGCAAGCUCUACUUACCAUACCCAGACAAAUGGUUCCCCAUGAAUUUGCGACCAGACGAAGCACUCGGCGCCGCGCUUUCUCCCGCCGCCGAUGGCGGGAGCCGGAUCGAGUAUAGCUGUCUUAUCAGCGAUCAGGAUACUCAACUUCCGUACAUCACGCCCAUGUAUAUCAGAGAGGGCGGCAUCAUCCCGAAGAUCCAGGUCAGGGAUUACAUCCCGGAUCCGUCUCUCCCCAAGCAGGAUCCUAACCCUAUCACCGUACAUGUGUAUCCAGGAAAGAACAACUCGUACAGCAUGUACCUCGAUGAUGGAAUCUCGAGAGACAGCGCCCCAUCGUCGCAUGUUCCGAGUCUGAACUUGCAGUCUAACGGGACUAAGAAAGCUUUCGGAGACAGCAAAGCCGCAGACAAGUACUGUCAUGUUCUCAUUGAGCAGAAAACGACCAUGGUUGCCGUUGGCGACUCUCCUAUCAGCUUUGUUCGCACUCUGACAAUCAAGGCCCCUUGGAAUGGAUAUGGAGAUUUGUCAGAGAUUAUUGGCACGGAAUACACAAUGGUAUUCUGGCAUGAUCCUUCGACUAAUGUCAGCUCUGUCAAGGUCGCUUCCGAAAGUAACGUCUCGUCGAACACGAACGUCAGCUCUCGAGCUACCACCGUAACUCUGUCUGUCGCUGAUGCCCACACCGAGAAGGGGGUGACGCUUCAGUUGACUCACGAUAGCUCUGCUUAGUAGUGUCGCGCUGAAAGCGUCAGUUCUUGUCACAGACAUCCCAUCCGACAUUUCAUAGUGUAGUUUCAUACAUGUCGCCCCGCAACAGAAAAAUUGAUAUGGGGCAAACUAAUAAAAUUCUAAUCAGGCAC